AGCACAACAAAAUCAAAGGCUUCACUUGAGAGUGACGGAGGAGAGACACAAAGACGGAGACACUGGUUCCUUAUUUUUAGUCAUUUUCACUUUACUCUGAUUCGAGCCUAAAUCUCAUCUCAUGACGUUAAGUGACAGAGAUCAAGGAGAAAACAUCCGAGUGGAGCUAUGAAUGAGUCGCUGCUGGUGAAUGACUCCUCAUCAAGUCCCGCUCCUGGAGAGGUGCUCUCAUGGUUGCCUGCUGAGUCAGCCGACGGCAACGAAAGCCUGGAGUUCUCCACCGCCGGCUUAGGUUUCCCCGUCAACCCGUGGGACAUCAUGUUGUGCAUGUCGGGCACCGUCAUCGCCUGUGAGAACGCCAUAGUGGUAGCAAUCAUCUUCUACACGCCCACCUUAAGGACUCCCAUGUUCGUGCUGAUAGGGAGCCUGGCCACGGCCGACCUGCUGGCUGGGAUGGGAUUAAUCCUGAACUUUGUGUUCCAGUACGUCAUCUCCUCUGAGACCAUCAGCCUCAUCACUGUGGGCUUUUUAGUGGCCUCCUUCACGGCGUCCAUCAGUAGCCUUUUAGCCAUCACGGUGGACCGCUACUUCUCCCUCUACAACGCGCUGACUUACUUCUCAGAGAAGACGCUGCAGUAUGUACAUUUGAUGCUAGUCGGGACUUGGGGCGUGUCUCUUUUGUUGGGUUUGCUCCCCGUUCUCGGCUGGAAUUGCCUGGACGAGCCGUCCUCCUGCAGCAUCGUGCGCCCUUUGACCCGGAGCAACGUCACGCUGCUGGCCACUUCCUUCUUCGCCAUUUUUGUGCUGAUGCUGACCCUCUACUUCAAAAUCUGCAAGAUCGUCUGCCGCCACGCCCACCAGAUCGCCCUGCAGCAGCACUUUUUCGCCACCUCGCAUUAUGUGGCCACCAAGAAGGGGGUGUCGACUCUAGCCAUCAUCUUGGGGACUUUCGGAGCCAGCUGGCUCCCGUUUGCCAUCUACUGCCUGGUGGGCGAGAGGGGGUAUCCGCCGGUGUACACUUACGCCACGCUGCUGCCGGCGACCUACAACUCCAUGAUCAACCCGAUCAUCUACGCCUACAGAAACGCUGAGAUCCAGCGCUCCAUUUACAUGCUUCUGUGUGGCUGCUUUCAGGGCAGCAGUGCCUACCGGUCCAGGUCCCCCAGUGAGGUCUGAAAAGGUGCUUUUUCUUGAUCCGAGACUGUGAAGAAAAGACUGAGCAAGAAGACAAACUCCUCUUUUGACAAUCUGCUUACUGUGACAGUGAAUGCUUCUUCAACAGACAUGCAUUCUCUACCUGCACUUUAACAUGUCUCCACAAACGUGCAGACAUGCUGUGAACAAGUUGGUUUCAAACCUGUGAAUGUAUUUUAAGAAAAUUAAUGGAAACUUUGCACUUUAUUUCACUUUGUUGUUGUUGUUUUUUAAAUGCCAAAGCAGAUUUGAAUGGUUCUUAAUGUGUUAAAAAAAAUAAUGUGUAUUUUGUGCCAUUUUUCUAACUUGUGUUUUGUCUUUGAACGUGAUUUGCUACAAGUGGAAUAAAGGCGUAAAAUCCCUUCCGGUGUGAUGCUUUCACUGCUUUUACUCUGAGAUGUUUGGCAGCUUCCUCUGUUUGUCCAGGAUAAUGGCAGAUUGAGAAACCCCCCCUGCUCUGGGAAAUGGAUUUAAUUUACCUGCAGACACAUUUGGCUUUGCGGGGAAGAUUUUUUUUUUAAUAUAUUUUAUGUUCCUCUUCAGGGACAAAUGGAAAGUGUCUGCCGGGUUUGUAUCUAAUCCUCAUUUGUAGUUAUGACUCAGGAGCCGAGCAGACACGUGUUAAUGUGUGUGACGAACCGAGGAGAGCAGUAAUCACAAGCCCACUCUCCCUGCUGGCUCCACUGCAAACACUUUAUCUGCCAAGUUGUGUACUUAAAUACGCAAACGAUAGUUUUCCCAAACCUACGAGGGUUUUUACAGAUACGAUUCUGAAUCUCUGAAGCAGAAAAACAUGAAAAAAAAAGAAAAA